UGUUGUCAUUCUGCGCAAGUCAAACGCUGACCAUAUGAGCUUUUAAAACAGAGCGUCAAAAGUUCAUUCUAGAAACAUAUCUACCGAAACAUGAGCACCGUGGAGGACACCGUUGAGAGUAAAGACGAUGGAGUUAAAUUACCUGAGCCCGAGAGUGAUGGUCCUUUCAAGAAACCUACAUUUGCAGCACCAUCAGUGGCGGGCAAGAGAAGAAGCCAGCCCACUUGCUCCAACAAGGAGGAGGCCACCUCUUCUGCUCCCGACACCCAGGUGUCUUCUGCCAGCGAGGAUGUGGAAAAGAAAGAUGCUGAUCCACAAAAUAGUCAAGAACCACAGGAAUCAGGUACCAGUGCGCCCAUGGACACUAGCGAAGCAGUGCCAGCAGAGAGCAAAACAUCUUCAGAGCCAGCGCAAGGUAAAGGCAACAACAAUACUCGCCCAGCGGGGACAACAAGAAUCAGAGACAUCAAACAAAAACCCAGCGUGCCACUCAAACCAAACCCUCCUCUGCCCUACACGGAACCUGAGUGGGGAGGCGUUGCAGAGGUGCCCUACGCAUUGGAGAUCCUCAAAAACGGAGCAAUUGUCAGCUCUGUUCCCUUGACCCACCAGGGUUACUUCGUAAUAGGACGCUUGCCAGGGUGCGAUGUCACCCUAGAACAUCCAUCCAUCUCUCGGUACCAUGCCAUCCUACAGUACAGGGGACAGAGUGAGGAUGGGGAGGACACCGGGUUUUAUGUUCAUGAUUUGUCCAGCACACAUGGCACCUUCGUCAACAAGCGCAAAGUACCCCCGAAAACGUACAUCAGGCUCAAAGUAGGACAUGUCCUGAAGUUUGGAGGAAGCACAAGACUGUUCAUAUUGCAGGGUCCCGAGUCUGACGAAGAAUCCGAGUCGGAGUUCACGGUGACGCAGCUGAGGGAGCGAGCGAGGAAGCAGCGGGAGCUGGAGAUGAAGAUGAUGGGGGAGGGAUCAGACGAGGAGGAAGAGGAGGAUGAUGAAGAGAAGAAGAAGAAGGCAGCCGGCAGCUCCACCAAGAGCCUCACGGAUGACUCUGGCUGCUCCUGGGGAAUGGGAGAGGAGGCGGCGCCGGAGGAUGAGAACGAGGAGAACCCGUUUGCCACCGAGUUCGUGGAGGACCAGGAGGCCGCGUACCUCAAAGACCCCAAGAAAGCUCUGCAGGGCUUCUACGACCGCGAAGGGGAGGAGCUGGAGUUUGACUACGAGGAGAAGGGCCACGGCGCCUGGCUCUGUAGAAUCAGCCUGCCCGUGGACGACGCCCACGGCCGGCAGCUGGUUGCCGAGGUAACGCACACGGGGAAGAAGAAGGAGGCGGCGGUCCAGUGUUGCCUGGAGGCGUGCCGCAUUCUAGAAGCCAGGGGACUACUCAGACAGGAAGCCACAUCCCGCAAGAGGCGUAAGAAGAACUGGGAGGACGAGGACUUUUACGACAGCGACGAUGACAACUUCCUGGACCGAACGGGCACGGUGGAGAAGAAGAGAGAGGAGCGCAUGAAGAGGGCCAAGAAAGUGGACGACCAACCGGACUCCUACGACUCACUGGUUGGGAAGUUGAAGGAGGUGGAUCGCAAAAUAGCGGAGACGCAGAGGAAACUGGACUCCUCAGGAACAAGUGGUGCGAAGGCCUCCUCUGAGGACCCCCUGGACGCCUACAUGACGAUGGUCUGCAGCGAGAGCAAGAUGGACGCCGUGGAGAGGAAGAGGCUCCACACCCACGUAGCGGAGCUCCGCGUGGAGGCCAAACGCCUGCAGAAGCUCAUCGAGCUCACGCGACCCACGCAGCUACCCUCUCUCCAGGCAAGUGCAUCAUCAUCUGGUGAGGAGAAGCCCAAAGUCAAGGCACUGCCCAUGUUUGGAGCCAUGAAGGGAGGCAGCAAGUUAAGACUGAAGACCGGCACCCUCGGGAAACUGCCCCCGAAGCCUGUGGCUUUACCCGCCCAGCUGUUCAACAUGAAAGACAUGCCUUCAUCAGGGGAGGUAGAAGAAGAAGAGGAGGAGGAGGAGGAGGAAGAGGAAGAGAAGGAGGAAGAGACGAAGGAGGAGGAGGAAGAGGAGGAGGAGGAGGAGGAGGAGGAAGACCACAACACAGUGGUGGCGGUCAAGAGGAAGGAAGACCAGCGGGCCAGUGGGUCAACACUAAGGGAAAGUAAGAGCAGGAGCGUACCUAAGCCAGACAGACACCAGGAGCAGGAGGAGAAGGAGGAGGAGCGAUGUGAUGGGCCUGAAGACACAGCCAAGCCCCCAGCUUCUGAAAACAGCAAAGCAUCAGGCGAAACAUCAAAAACACAAAGUCCUAGUCCAAAGAAGAACGUCAAAAAGGUUGUUGGUCCGGCCAGGCCCCCCACCCUGUCAAAAAAGUAUCCAGAGGAUGAUCCGGAUUACUGCGUUUGGGUACCACCAACAGGCCAGUCUGGGGACGGCAGGACCCAUCUGAAUGACAAGUACGGCUACUGACGACGCUAUUGGCUGAGAAAGGAAAACCGUGUCUUCAAUCCAACCAAUCAGACUUGAUGCCCCGUCCUCUUCCCCCUCCUCCUCCUCUGUUAUACUCCAUAGCAUUGUGAAGGUGCAGAUGUGAUUGUCAGGUCACUAUUGAGAAACAUUUGGGGAAAAAUGGGAAGGUGUUUGUGUCUGUCUGCUCUGUGUUGAGACAAAAAAAACUUUUUUUGACAGUUUAUUGGUCUCUUUUGCCUGUGCACUUGUAUAAUCUGAGUCAGGUUAUGUGUCUACCACGUAUGUAUCUUAAAACAUUGGUGUCAAGUCUCUCACAGAAAGCACCCUUCUGCUGGUUCGAGGUCUCCCCAAACUGUCUCUUCAAAAGUAUGUUGUUUUAUGUGCUGUAAGAUAUAUUUUGAUAAAUAAAGUCAGAUAAUUACUUUGUA